AUGGCGAAUUCGCAGAGAAACAACGCCUUGAUAUUGAUCAUGCUGAUUUUUAUUUUCCUUGUUUUCGUAUUGAGACAGGGAGUGGGUCUGAUUCGCUAUUCUAUUACAGAAGAAUUGGAAUAUGGCUCUUCUGUCGGGAAUAUUGCUGAACAUUUAGGACUAAUCGCUGGAGAAUUAUCAGCACGAAAAUGUCGCUUAGUCUCCGCCGACGGAAGCCGGCACUUCCAGGUAAAUUUAGAGACUGGUGUCCUGUUUGUUAGCAGUCGAAUAGACAGAGAACAGCUUUGUGCACAAAGCCCGUCUUGUAAUCUUGCCUUCCAGAUAAUACUAGAAAACCCCCUCGAAAUGUACCGCGGUGAAGUGGAGAUUCUCGAUAUAAAUGAUAAUUCGCCUUCUUUCCCAGAGAACGCCAUUGUCUUGCAAAUGGCUGAAUCUGUUGCACCGGGUUCCCGCUUCCCACUAGAGAGCGCACUUGAUCCAGAUGUAGGAUCAAACACCGUCAAUACGUAUAUAAUCAGUCCCAACGAGAAUUUUGGUUUGAAGGUGCAUGUCAGAAAGAAUACCGUUACAAAUGCAGAGUUACUGUUGGAGAAAUUUUUGGACCGUGAAAAGCAGGCAUCGUUCCAGCUUGUUCUGACGGCUGUUGACGGUGGCAAGCCUCAGAGAACCGGGACAACUCAACUCACCAUUAGUGUACUGGACAGCAACGAUAAUGCGCCUGUAUUCGAGAAUGAUAUAUAUACUGCAAACCUGGAAGAAAACGCACCAGCAGGAACCUUGGUGAUCAGAAUCAGAGCUGUCGAUCUGGACCAAGGUACUAAUGCAGAGUUUAAAUACUCGUUUUCUAAUCUUGUCCCAGAGAAUGUACGGGAAUUAUUCAGUCUGGAUCCUGAAACUGGAGAGAUCAAAGUUCAGAAACCUCUAGAUUAUGAAAAUGAAAAAAGUUAUGAACUUGAUGUCCAGGCCGUGGAUAAUGGUUCACCAUCAAUUACAGGACAUUCCAAAGUACUGAUCGAUUUGAUUGAUAUGAAUGAUAACGUCCCUAAGAUUACAGUGACCUCCAUGUCUGGCAAAGUCCCUGAAGAUGCUGCACCCGGGACAGUGGUUGCCCUAAUUGAUGUAACUGAUCGCGAUUCCGGAGCAAACGGAAAAGUUCACUGUGAUAUGCCAGUCGACCUUCCCUUUAAAGUUCAGUCAUUUCUGAACAACCAUUAUAAAGUGACCACCACUCGUCUGUUGGAUCGAGAAACCGCACCAACAUAUAAUAUACCUGUCACAGUCUGGGACUCCGGAUCUCCUCCUCUAUCAACAAAUACAACUAUCGAGAUAGUGGUGUCUGAUGUAAAUGACAACACACCACAAUUUUCCCAGUCCUCUUACGCCGUCUAUGUGAUGGAGAAUAACGUUCCGGGUGCUUCUAUUUUUGCACUGACUGUUUUCGAUCCUGAUCUGGACCAGAAUUCUUAUAUCUCUUAUUCAUUCACGGGGAACCUGCAGGAUUCGGUGGUGCCCACUUACUUCAGCAUUGGUUCGAUGAACGGGACCAUUUACGCAUUGCGCUCAUUUGACUACGAGCAGGUUAAAAGCUUCCAGUUCCAUAUUCAAGCCCGUGACGCUGGAGUGCCCCCGCUGAGCAGCAGCGCUACAGUGAGUGUCAUUGUCCUGGAUCAAAAUGACAAUGCACCAGUGAUUAUUUAUCCUUCCGCACCGAGUGGAUCAUUACCCAUGGCGAUCCUGCCCCAUUCAGCAGGUCAGGGGUACUUGGUCACCAAAAUCAUGGCGACUGAUGCAGAUUCAGGUCAGAAUGCUCGUCUCUCCUAUCAGAUAGUUCAAGCUACUGAUCCUACUCUCUUUCGGAUAGGUCGGAAUUCAGGGGAAAUCAGAACAACGAGAAGUAUUUUGCAGCCGGAUGAUACCUCGCAGAAUUUAGUCGUCUUAGUGAGAGAUAACGGACAGCCGAGCCUGUCCAGUACAGCAACAAUAUUUUUCUCCAUUUUAGGGAAUGUUACUGAGAGUGUCUCCGAAAUUAGGGAUUUUGAUAUUAAUCCUAGUUAUGUUUCGGACAUGAAUUUUUAUUUACUUGUCACAUUCAGAUCAACAUCGAUUUUGUUCUUUCUGAUCAUUGUCUUCUUGUUUGUAGUAAAGUGUAAACAAGUUGGCGGCAUAGGUCAAGAUGGCGGAUGCCCAAUUUGUUGUUGCCGACCCAGGAAUUCGAAGGAAGUAUUUAUUCGUGGCGAUCCGCCAGGGGAUCCUUUAAAUUGUGCUGGAACUGGUCAGAAUGGACCUUUCCCCGAGAGUUAUCAGUACUCGGUGUGCUUGACACCGGAAUCAUCGAAGAGCGAAUUUCUUUUCCUGAAACCGUACAAUCCAAGCUUCACUCAAUCUGGCUCAGAGACAAUGGCGAAUGCGCAGAACAACAACGCCUUGGUACUGUUGAUGCUGAUUUUUAUUCUCCUUUUCAUACUGAGGCAGGGGAUGGGUCUGAUUCGCUAUUCUAUUCCAGAGGAAUUGGAAUAUGGCUCUUCUGUCGGGAAUAUUGCUGAAAAUUUAGGACUAAUCGCUCCAGAAUUAUCAUUACGAAAAUGUCGCCUAGUCUCCGGUGACGGAAGCCGGUAUCUGGAGGUAAAUUUAGAGACUGGGUUCCUGUUUGUGAGCGGUCGGAUAGACAGAGAGAAGCUCUGUGCACAGAGCCCUAAUUGUAAUAUUGCCUUCCAGAUAGUACUAGAAAACCCCCUCGAAAUGUACCGAGGGGAAGUGGACAUUCUCGAUAUAAAUGAUAAUUCGCCCUCUUUCCAAAAAGACGCCAUUGUCUUGCAAAUGGCUGAAUCUGUUGCACCGGGUACCCGCUUCCCACUAGAGAGCGCACUUGAUCCAGACGUGGGAACAAACACAGUUAAAACGUAUACCAUCAGUCGCAACGAGAACUUUGGUUUGAAAAUGCACGUCAGAAAGAAAACUGUUACAAAUGCAGAAUUGGUGUUAGAGAAAUCUUUGGACCGUGAGAAACAGGCAUCUUUUGAUCUUGUACUGACGGCCGUUGACGGUGGCAAUCCUCCGAGAUCCGGAACAACUCAGAUCAAAAUUAAUUUGUUGGACAUCAAUGAUAAUGCACCUAUGUUCGAGAAUGAUGUGUAUACGGCAAAACUGAAUGAAAACGCACCAAUAGGAACCUUAGUGAUCAAAAUCAAAGCUGUUGAUCUGGACCAAGGUAUUAAUGCGGAGUUGAAAUAUUCUUUCUCUAAUCUUAUCCCAGACAGAAUGCGUGAAUUAUUCAGUCUGAAUGCUGAAACUGGAGCGAUCAAUGUUCGGAAACAGCUGGACUUUGAAAAUGAACAAAGUUAUGAACUUGAUGUCCAGGCUGUGGAUAAUGGCUCACCGUCAAUUACAGGGCAUGCCAAAGUGUUGAUCGAUUUGAUCGAUGUAAAUGAUAAUGCACCGGAGAUAAAGGUGACCUCCAUAUCUGGUAAAGUCCCCGAGGAUGUUGCGCCUGGGACAGUUGUAGCUCUACUGGAUGUUACAGAUCACGAUUCAGGAGAAAACGGACUAAUUCGCUCUGAAAUUCCUCUGGGCCUACCCUUUAAAAUUGAGUCAUCUCAGAAUAGCCAUUAUAAAGUGACCACCACUCGUCCGUUGGAUCGGGAAACCACCGCAGUCUAUAACAUACCUGUCACAGCCUGGGACGCCGGGUCUCCUCCACUAUCAACAAUUAAAACUAUCCAGAUAACGGUGUCUGAUGUAAAUGACAACACACCACAGUUUUCCCAAUCUUCCUACGCCGUCUAUGUGAUGGAGAACAACGCUCCGGGUGGGUCUAUUUUCGCACUGACUGCGAGUGAUCCCGAUCUGGACCAGAACUGUUAUAUUUCUUAUUCCUUUUGGGGGAAUUUGCAGGAUUCGCUGGUGCCCACUUACUUCAGUAUUAACUCGAUGAACGGUACCAUUUACGCAUUGCGCUCCUUUGAUUAUGAGAAGGUCAAAAGCUUCCAGUUCCACGUUCAAGCCCGUGACGCUGGAGUGCCUCCGCUGAGCAGCACCGCUGCAGUGAAUGUAAUUAUUCUGGAUCAAAAUGACAACGCUCCGGUGAUUGUUUCACCUUCAGCACAGAGUGGGACUGCGGCGGUGGUGAUCCUGCCACAGUCAGCGGGUCAGGGAUACUUGGUCACCAAAAUAAUAGCAACUGAUGCAGAUUCUGGUCAGAACGCUCGGCUCUCUUACCAGAUAGUUCAAGCAACCGAUCUCACUCUCUUCAAUGUGGGGCGUGCUUCAGGCGAAAUCAAAACAACAAGAAGUAUUUUAGACUUGAAUAAUACGUCGCAGAGUCUAGUUGUCUCAGUGAGGGAUAAUGGACAGCCGAGUCUGUCAGGGACAGCCACAAUCUUUUUGUCAAUUUUGGGCAAUGUUACCGAGAAAAUCCCUGAAACUAGAGAUUUUCAUAGUAAUACUGUUCCUGUUUCGGACAUAAAUGUUUAUUUACUUGUCACUUUCGGAUCAACAUCGGUUUCGUUCCUUCUGAUUAUCGUCUUCUUGGUGGUCCUAAAGUGUAAACAAGAUGGUGGUAUUGUUCAAGAUGGCGGCUGCCCGAUUUGUUGCUACUGGCCGAGGAACUCGAAGGAAGUAUAUAUUCAGAGAGACGUGCCAAGGGAUCCCUUAAAUUGUACUGGAACUGGUCAGACUGCACCCUUCCCAGAGAGAUAUCAUUACUCCGUAUGCUUGUCACCGGAAUCAUCCAAGAGCGAAUUUCUUUUCCUGAAACCUGCAAUCCUUCCUUUUCUCAAGGUCAAUGUUAAAUUGUAAAGAUGUGAACGCGAGGGUUUUAAAAAAUCAUAAUAUUUACUUCAUUUUGCGGUAAAAUGCCUUUGAAAUAUCAGUCAUGAUGCGGUUGUUCACUAAAGUAUGCUGAAAUAAAUACGAUAGUGCUAUGCAGGGUAGAAGAUAGUCAUCAAUAAAAUCAUCUGUUUACUAACCAUAGUACCAUAGAUUACCUAGCCGGCUGAUCCACGCUAACCGAUUCCAUAAUUCAACCCUACCACCCAGUCCCCACCCACUUGAAUAAGUCACUUGCUAAACAGGUCUCUAAAACAUUCACGGAAUAGAUUAUAAUGACAAUACCUGUACUCACUCCCCGAGCAAUUAAGAGGUAAUUUUAGAAAAUAACAACCGCAAUUUCCUAUCUCUGCUGUUUGUUAUUCAUUGGAUUGACUGGUAAGUUUGCAGAGACUCUUCUGAAUUUUUUUUGUAUCAUUCGAGAUUCCUCAUGAAACCGCAGUAUAAGAAAUAUUAAAGUUUAAUUCUUGAACUGACCAUUAACCGAAAACCUUACCCGAAUGCAAAGGUAUAUUGCAAGGUAAACACAAAGUACUCUGCAGAUGCUGGGGUCAAAUCAACACGUACAGAAGCUGGAUGAACUCAGCAGGUUGGGCACAGUCCGUUGAAAUGAGCAGUCAACGUUUCGGGCCGAGACGAAGGGUCUUGACGAAGGGUCUCGGGCCGGAACGUUGACUGCUCAUUUCAACGGAUGCUGCCCGACCUGCUGAGUUCAUCCAGCUUCUGUACGUAUUUAUAGUGCAGGUGCUUCCAGCUUUAAUAGGAAACAUUUAACUUUAUGCUCAGUUUUAUAGUUCCCCCCAAGGCUGUUUAUUCUAUUGCACCGUGUUUUUUUCUCCAUAAAACCUUCCCACCUCCAUAUUCUUCAUGAACCUCCAUUUGCAUUCGUACGUAUUAAACAGUGCUUUAUUAAGCUUUCGUUUAGACUUAUCUAUUAUUUGACUAAAUGCGGUGUCCUGUUCCUCAGACUUUAAUUGAAUUUAUUUUCCUUUAAUUACGUGUUAAACUAUUAUUAUCUGAUGAUGUUUAAGAUCUCUGAUCUUUGGGCAAGUUACUUCAUCAUACGGGUUGAUAAAGAAAAUAUUUUUCUCUUGAUCUAGACUGUUAUAUUAUCUUAGAAACUUUAUCAAAUCAGCUCACUGACUUCCCUAUUCAGCAAUGUUAUCAACUUUUCCUGAGAGGUCUCCUCUCAUCUUACUUCACUCCAAGGAAAAAAGGCCGAGUUCACUCAACCUAUUCUCAUAAGGCAUGCUCCCCAAUCCAGGCAACAUCCUUUUACAUCUUUUCUGCACCCUUUCUAAGGCUUCCACAUUCUUCCUGUAGUGAGGCGACCAGAACUGAGCACAGUACUCCAAGUCAAGUCAAGUCAAAUCUCUUUUAUUGUCAUUUCGACCAUAACUGCUGGUACAGUACAUAGUAAAAAUGAGACAACGUUUUUUCAGGAACAUGGUGUUACAUGACACAGUACAAAAACUAGACUGAACUACGAAAAAAAAACAACGCGUUGAAAGCUACACUAGACUACAGACCUACCCAGGACUGCAUAAAGUGCACAAAGAACAGUGCAGGCAUUACAAUAAAUAAUAAACAGGACAAUAGAGCAAAGUGUCAGUCCAGGCUUUGGGUAUUGAGGAGUCUGAUAGCUUGGGGGAAGAAAUUGUUACAUAGUCUGGUGGGGUCUGACUAGGGUCCUAUAUAGCUGCAUUUUGUGCUAUUUUCAAUAAUUUCACAACACUUGGUGAAUGAUUUUUUAUACUUUGCUAUGGUUUCGUUAUACUUUAGAUAUUUUACAAAUACAACUUUCUGGAUAGAUUAUCUUUCAUGGCACUGACAUUACGACAUCUGAUCUGUAAUUCACCACUAAAAUCAAUGCCUGUUUAGGAAGAAAAGUUAUAAAUAGUUAUCUGCUCCCACUGUGAUAGGAAACACCUUUACAAUAAUCGCAUCUAACCGUCGCAUUUAGUAAUAUUUAACUGUUUUCAAACUUUGUGGAUGCAUUCCAUUUGGAUCAGAAAUUUUAACCUCAAUUUUCAUUAAAUCGUUGGCUU